CGGCCCGAUGAUGCGUCGCUGACGCGCGACGCGUCCGCCACGGGGCCCGGACCGUCGCCCUUGUUGCUAUGGCGACCCCGCCCGCCGGGUCAAGGGGUCACGGCGCGGCCUGGGACUUCCCAAAAAGCUAGAAAGAAAUGGAUUGAAAAAUAAAAUAAAAUAAAAUUGAUUGCUCCACACUGGGAGGAAAAAAAACUCUGCUCACUAUUUCCUGGAAAAUUCUCCCCAUGGAUGCAAAUUAGCCAGGAGCUCAGACAACGUCCAUCCUCUCUGGAUGUUGUGAUGGAGAACUACGAGCUGGUGACCUCCCUUGGCUAUCCGGUUCUCAAACCCGAUAUCCUGUCUCGGAUCGAGCGGGUCGGAGAGCCGUGCGUGGGCGACCAGCUGGAUUCCACCCGCGGGAUUCCCACUGAUCCAUGUCCAGGUUACCGUUUCUUCAAACCUGAGAGCCUGUCUUGGAUUGAGCGGUGGGAGGAACUCGGAGUCACCGACCGUCAGAAGUUGGAGGAAGGAAAACUCUGCGCUGGUGCCUGCCAAGCCGCCGGACGGAGCAAAGCCAUCAAGGAAGAAGAGGGUGGCCAGAAGGGUUUUGUGGCCAGCUUGGAACGCUACCAGCUCUUCCCCGAAAGUUCUCGGGCGGGUCUCUUCCUGGCCCCCAACCCCGGACAGCUGAGACCCCAGCCCCGGGUCAAGAAGGAGGAAGCGGCUUCCUGCGAGCCCAGUCUAGGUGGCCCCGGACGCCCCUCCCAAGGCCUGGGCUCAGGCCCCUUCACGUGCGUGGUGUGCGGCAAGUGCUUCCGGCAGAAGCAAGGGCUGAUCACGCACGGGCGCAUCCACACUGGCGAGAAGCCCUACCCAUGCCUGGAGUGCGGCAAGCGCUUCCGCCAACGCCCCAACCUGCUGACCCACCAGCGGGUCCACACCGGUGAGCGGCCCUUCCCCUGCCUGCGCUGCGGCAAGCGCUUCAGCCAGAAGGCCAACCUGGCGGCUCACCAGCGCACCCACGCCGUGCAGGAGGGGCUGAUUGCCCCCGAGCCCAAAGUGCCGGUGCCGCGCGGCAGCCGCUCAACGGAGAAGCCCUUCCCUUGCAGCGUCUGCGGGAAGAGCUUCAGCCAGCGGCCCAACCUAAUCACCCACCAGCGCAUCCAUACCGGCGAGAAGCCCUUCCCCUGCACUGAGUGUGGGAAGCGCUUCAACCAGCGGGCCAACCUCAUCACCCACCGGCGCAUCCACUCGGGGGAGCGGCCUUUCCCCUGCGCCACCUGUGGGCGGCGCUUCAGCCAGAAGGGCAACCUGGCAGCCCACCAGCGCACACACUCACAGCAGCGGCCCCAUGCCUGCUCCUGCUGCCCCAAGCGCUUCAAGGGGGAGUCCGCGCUGCGGGCGCACCAGCGUACCCAUCGGCAGGUGCUGGGGGCCGAUCCGCUGACUAGCACCCUCCUGGCCACACCAGCUUUACAACAAGCCCUUCCUGGGGACCCCACUUCGGCAGCACAGCAAGCCACACCGGCCCCUCGUCCGGAUCUUCCUGGAGACCCUUCCCCCAGUGUCCACCGCCCGGCCCCGGCCACCCAACACGGGGCGCCUCAUGGGCAGAAUCUUCCCGCGGACCCGCCUACCCCUGGCCAACACGCGGCCGGCCCCUCGGGGCACCUCCAAGGGGUGGCCUCCGGCCCAGAGCAAGGUCCGAAGCUGAGUGGCCCGCCAACCCUCCUGGAUCCCCACGUGGAGAUGCUCCAUUGCCAACGCCGGCUGGGCCUUCCAGUGCUGCCCAGCUCUAGCACCCACUCGGUUGUGCCCUUGGGGCAACCCCCGCCCGUCACCGCCAAACCCAAGGGUUUGUCGGCUGCCCCUCGGCCCGCCGCCCCCGUGGACGCUCCCAGCGAGAUGCUUCACUGCCUCUGCCAUGCCAGCCGGGCCUCCUUGGUUAUUCCGCACCCACCACAUCUGGGGCAACUUCAGCCUGGCACCCGGGAUGCCCCCGGCCGCGCCUGGCUGGGCCUCCCCUGCCCAACACGUACCCUUCAGCUCCAGCAGGGCGGGCAGGCGCACCCGGCCGCCCCUAAUCCCAGACUAUGUUCGAUUCCGGAUUCUUUGCGAUAACUUCCCGUGCAUGGGGCAAGCACCGAUCGGCCGGGGCUGGACUCCCCUUGGAUCUCCUUCCUCCCCCCACCCUCCAGCAGCGCCCUAUAGGACUGACCGUGGGGUUUAUGCAUGUAUCCUGGACCAGGAAGCCCCCCUCUGCCCCACCCUCCUGCUCUACGGAAGCACAUGGACUCUCUUUGGAUCGAACCCACCUGUCUCAAGAGCCAAUCCAUUCUUCCAGCAAAGGCACUCUUUCUCCCCCCCCUCAAAAAAAAGCGUCAACAUGGCAGCAGGACCAAAACCAUGCCCACACCCCGUCUUACCACCGAGCCCCUCCUGCCAAAUCUCCCUGGAUGCCCCUCAUCUACUCCCAAACAAUGGAAGGAAAGACUAAGAACUUGGCGGCAGCUGUCCAAACAAUGAGGAUGGAAGAGUGCCACCCACUGUUUUGGAAACGUGACUGAGGGCGGAACCCCUCAAUAAACCCUGGUUGGGGGGCAGUGCCUCGUGCCCGGACACAACUUGGCACAUCCCCCCACGAGGCACCGGCCCCUGUGGCUUUACAAAGAGGUUCCUGAGACCCCCGCCUUCCCGCCCUCAUGCUUUCCUAAGAAAGGGGGAAAAAAUGAAAGAACUCGUUCUGGAAAUGCACCCUUGGCAUCGCGCGGCCGCCAUGACACAAACUGGACAGCCGAACUCUUUGCCAGCCCGGUGAGUGCCAGCUUCAUGCCAAACAACAGGCCAGCUGGCUCCCUGUAGAAGUCCAUCGUGUUGAUGCAGAACUUUUCGGGGAGCGGGAAGGAUUCGGAUUUGAAGACAUUGUGGAGGGGGCCCCUGCCUGGCCUUCAGCUCUUAGAAGUAUAAUCAGUCUCCAGGCCAGAAAAGACACAUUUGUUCCUCUCCCCCUCCCCACCAAGGAGCUCCCCCUCUUCCCAACAGCUGUGACUACAAUGGUCUGACGCUUUCGGGGAGCCGACACCAAAGAGGUUGGAUUGCGGUGGGGCUGAAAGAAGGGUGGGGUGGGAUCCUCACAUAAGGAGAGGGGAGGCCCCAGAACGAACAAGAAGCACUUUAGAACGACCCGAUGGCCUGUCGGCCCCUGGAUUUUCCCUCCUCUCUCGCAUGGGACGGAACCCUUGCACAGGGCCGCUGGAAGGGAGAAAGCCGAAGUUGUGUGUUGUGUUAUGAGGGGUCUGUGCCUUAAGCUGAAAAGCCUUCCCAGAGCGAAGACGGUUAAAUGUUCCAAGGCGAGUACGCCAAGGGUCCGGGCUUAGGACGGGGAGGAAGGAGGAAUGGCGACGGCCUCCCCUCCUCCCGCCAAAGUCUGCCAAGGAUGCAAAGGAGGGGUGGUAGGAGGACUUCGCCCCCCCUCCCCUAUCCCAGGUCCUCUGAGCAUCCGGCGCCUGUUCAGCUAGACUGAUUUUAGGGGCCCAGAGACGACAUGGAUUGUAUCUGGGCAACGGGGAACAGGUAUCAACGGCAGUGGGUGCGUUGAGCAUACAAACAAUGCCGUGCGACAACCAGUUACUUGGGCACGAAUCCACGAAGGCACACGCCGUGCAUGGGUUGGAUGCAGGGUUGUGAUGGUGAGGGGUUGUCGGGAAAUUUGAUUGGCACAAGCGGGCUGCCCACAGUCUGCGGCCUGGGUCGAUGGAGGCUGCCUCCCAUCGGCAGCUGUGGAGAAAGAAUCCAUACCUCCAACCAGGAGCAUCCUUCCUCGGGGGCUCUUUCCCGGUGGGCUUUGAGGGGUACAUUCUAACUAAGUCCUAGUCCCAGGAUAAAACCACCCAGAUAUUGGGUGGAAACCCCACCCCCCCGGCUUCUUUUUUUUAAGCUGGCGAAAUUAGCCGUGCCAGUUUGGAGGCGUGUUGAGAGCUUGGCCCAUCGUGGAGAAACAGAUGAGCUCACCCCCCCACCCCCCCAAAAAAAAAACAGGAGUGAAAGAAAGAAUUGUGUUCCAGUCCAGGCAAGUCGGCCAGAGCUGAGGCAACUUGAUCCCAUCUUUUCCAGGCCAGGGCAGCAGUGUCCAGUCUUGUAUGGGUACCUUGACUGGCACGGGGCAGCCCCCGAAGCAAGGCCAGCGGUAGUCACGCCCGAUGGCUGAUCCUAGAGCUCAAGAGGCCCAGAACCUCCAUCCGGGACUCAUGCCCAAGGAUGGUCCCUCCUUUUGGGAAGAGCCGUGACUUUGUUGAGUUGCCGCGCUGGAGAAAACGGUGUUCCAAUGUAUGGCUGGUUUUCCGGCCUUUGGCCGGGCCCAGUAAAACCAGGAACCAGGCAGCCCUGCCCCCGCCAGCUGCUGGGACAGCCUCCAAAUUUUGGCCUCAAGUUUACAUGCUCGGUGUUGAAGGGCGAGAGGGGCGAGCACCAAAAGUCCGGGAAUGGUCGAACUCUGUAGCUGGCCCGGAAGUUGACACUUAGAGCAGGGCCUCCCAAUCCUGGUCCGUGUACUGACACUCAGUUUGCAGCAUGCCGGGACCUGGUCCGUGCACACAACCCAUCUGCACACGCGUGGGAUGCAGUAAGUACACAAAACCACGUUCCUCUGGUCCGCAGAGAAACCGUCCUACACGGAACCGUUCUGCAGUGCCCAAGUCUUGGUAGCCACUGCCCCAGA